AUGCAAGUAGUUAGUUAUACAGGUGAUACAAGUGUUUUGGUAAUAUGCCGAUAUGAAAAUCCAUAUGAGAAGAAUCUAAAUGCGUCAUCGGUUAAUAAAAGAAGCAUUCCAGGCCUACUUUCGGGAGAAUAUCAAUCACAAGCCACUGGCCUUUCUGCUGAAGAAUGGAUUAGUGACGGUGAUAAAAAUCUAGAUGAGUUUGGUCCCUGGUCAUCAAAUACAGACUGGAAGGGACUAUCACAAGAAUGGCAUCCAUCUUUACCGCCAAUAGAAGAAGACAAAUAUAUUACCAUUUAUAAAGAAAAAAGAGUACCUGUAUUAGUAGAAAAAAAUGUUCCAGUUCCCGUAAUAAAAAAUGUCCCAGUUCCGGUUCCAGUAAAAGUACUAGAACCAUAUCCUGUGGAAAAGAUAAUACCAUAUCCAGUUAAAGUACAACACAAAGUACCGAUAAUAAUACACAAACCCGUCAAAGUUGAGAAAAUAGUUAAAGUGCCAAUAGAAGUCAAAGUUGACGCUCCUUAUCCAGUAGAAGUCAAGGAACCAGUUCCAGUGCCGGUGUACAAGACAGUUGGAGUGCCAACACCUGUAAAGGUACCACAACCCUAUCCUGUAUUUAAAAACGUACCAGUGCCAGUAAAGGUGCAUGUUAGAGUACCAAAACCAUAUCCAAUUCACAAAAUAGUACCAGUUCCUAUGAAGGUAACUGUAGACAGACCAGUAGCAGUACCGAUAAUCAAACCAUAUCCUGUUGCUGUUGAGCAAAAGGUUUCCGUCCCAGUUCCAGUUGAAAAGCCGUACCCAGUCAAAGUAUUUGUAGAAAGACCCGUUCCCGUUAAAAUUGAAAAGGAGGUUCAAGUGCCUGUACACGUAGCAGAUCCCCAACCGUAUCCAGUCGAAAGAAUAAUAAAGGUCCCGGUGGAAAAGGAAGUACCUUACCCUGUCGAAGUUAAAAUUGAACGACCUGUACCGUAUGAGGUAAUUAAACGGGUGCCCUACAUUGUGUUUAAGAAAGUAUCCGUUCCGGAGGAGAAAAUUUUAGCAGUACCUAUUAAAAGCAAUGAAAAAUGGGAUACGGACCAGACUUAUAAAUAUUCUCAAUGGUAA